GGCAACCCAGGUUAAAAAUCUCGAAAAAAAACGAAUUUGCCGAUCUUUUACCCCACGCGAUUUCAUCUUGUGCAAGUGAAAAACGGUCAAAUUGGUUGCAAAUUGGUUUGUGAUUUAUUGUGAAAAUGUAUAGAAAUAAAAAGGACGUAGAUAAACACGUGGAGAAUUUGAUAUCAAAAUUAUCGGUAAAAGAAUUCAAAACUCGGGCAUAUUCUAUUGCUCGACUCUAUUACGAAGUGGGUGACUAUGCAAGCUGUCAGAGAUAUGUUGAGCAAUACCUCACCCAGAAAGACAACAACGCAGCGGCGUACAAAUUGCUUGGACAAGCAUUACAAAAAUUGGGACAGAAGGAGAAAGCACUUGAACAAUACAAAACUUCUCUGGAUAUAGACCCGACACAGACCAGUACGAUUUUGGACAUUUGUGAACUUCUUGUCGACGAUGAGGUAAAUAUAGAUCCUGGACGUGCUAGAUACUGGUGUGAAAAGGCCGAAGCUAUAUUCCCAAGACACCCAGUAACAUUCAGAUUACGUGAGAGACUAGUUACCAUGUCGAACCCGGACUCUGAGGCACUCGUUGAUCUCUUGACUGCCGAAUUAGUGGUCAGGCCUAUGGAUGCCAUACUUCAUGCUCGACUUCUGAAGCACUAUCUUCAUACCAACCAAAUAAAAAAAGCAAUUGAUCACAGUUGUAAUGUAGAAUUUGGAGGAAAAACAUUUCAUAACAACUUUGCUUGGUAUGAAACCUUAGCUGAGCUUCUCAAACAUCAUUCCCAUAACACUAAUGAUUGGCUUUAUCAGUUACUUUUAUUAACAGUCAGAGAACGCAUGUGCGUCUUGAGUUUGACAGAAACUCCAAGUGGUCCAUCUAAAAGUUUGGUUGAGUCUAAUGAACUUCUUUUUCAUUAUGACCAAGAUAUUGAGAAUGUAGCCAAAGCUGGAGCUACACCUGGUUUUGGUGAAUUUCAUGCAAGUCUUAUGCAGCAUCAUAGAGGACAAUUUGCAUUUCAUUCUGCUACAUUUCUUUUGAAAAAAGCUAAAAAAGACCAGAUGACCUGGCGUGACGCCACACAAUUUGCAGGUCCUUUGAUGCUCAUUGCAUGGCACUCUGCACCCAUAGAUUCCAAAGUUAACUGGCUAUCAAAUGCUCCUGAAAAACAACAACAAGCAGUAAAACGCUGGCAUUCUGAAGCUUCAUACAGGUGUUCUCAAUCUGGACACUAUCUAAUUUCAAAUAGCCAAGAUAAAAGCCAGGCUUUUCUGGAACGCAUAUCUCAAUGUUGUUCUGGGACACAUUGGAGAGAUAAGUUGUAUGAGAAAAUUUUUACUAACAGAGGUCAUUUGAGCAAGAUCAAAUCAUCCCAUUUUGCUACAUCUAAUGCUUUCAGUACACCAACCCUAAGAUUGCCAAGAAGAAUUGAAGUGGAAGCUAUUGAUGUUGAUGCUCAAAGAGAAUAUGCAAAUUCAUUACACCACUUUGUUUGGAUGAUACUUAAUUAUAAAAACUAUGCUCAUUUCAAGUGUACUAUAUUUGAUUCUCUGACACCAAGUGCAUCUAACUAUGGUCCUGAGUCUUUAAAUAAGUUAGAUAUUCAGUCUUUCCUUUACUUUGCUGCAUUAACAUCCAAGCAACAAAAAUCCAAAGAGACACCUUACAUGCCCUCUGAUAAACCUGCUGUGAUUCCUGCUAACAUCACAGAUUUGCUGUGUCUCAUCCCUCACCUGAAGUGGUGGGAGCUUGCUUACCUUUUUAGCCAGAAUAAGUUGGGUGCAGAUUUGACAGACAUUAGAGCAACACUGAGUAGAGGAAUUGAAGUAGUAAGAUGUGUUGACAAUCAUGGCUUAGAUCCAGAACUGCUGUGUAUAGUAGCUCACAUUUUCAGUGAACGAGCCAAGCUUACUACUGCUGUUGAGGAGAAGAACAAUUUGGAGAAAAGAGCAGGUUUAUACUAUUCUUCAGCUAUACCUCUUCUAGAGAAACUAAAAAGCAAACUAGUCAUAAAAUUACCUGAAAAAAGGUUAUUUGACUAUACACACAAAGAACUCAGCUCCAAAGAUCUGAAUUCUUUGAUUGAGGAAAGCAAACUUUUUGUAGCAUUGAAUUACAUAAAUGAUUCCGAAUAUGACAGAGCCAUUGAAUUACUUUCAAAUUUAAAAUCGCCUGAAGCAUUUUAUCAUCUGAGCCAAACAUACAGAAAAAUUGCUUUGGAAGAAAAUUGCCCAAAAGACAAGUAUGUUACAUUAUUAACAAGAGCAAGAGGUAUAGCCUAUAAAGCUAUGGAAAGUUUAAAACAAAAUGAAACAUACAAAAACAGUCAGCUAUAUUCCGAUACUCAAGAGUUAGUUGAUGAUCUUGAAAAGUUGAUUAACAAAGUAGACCCUGAUCUAUCUGGCUCUGUUACAAAUGACGCAGAUGGUAAGUAUUCAUCAGAUGAGAAUGUGUCCCUUGUUGGAGAGUAUAUUCCACAAAGAAGCAAUCAUGUUUUUCGAAAUUUAAGUUCAACACCUAAAGGGGCAACAAACAGGAAUGUAACUAAUUACCGUACAGCUGUUGACUCGCACAUUCUCGAAUCCACCCAAAUUGAUCAUAGAUAUUUAGAGAGAAUAGAAACAGAAAUAAGGAAUCUACAGAAAAGAGAUUCAACAAUGAAUGACUUCAUAGAACAAACAAAAAGAUGGUUUGAAGAAAAUCGCAAAUUAGGAAAUGAAAUUAUAAGUACUAUUCAGACUAACACACAAAACACUACAGAUCAAUUUAAACUUCUGAAGAUAUCAGUGGAUCAUGUUAAAGAUCAAAUAGAUGAAUGUAGAAAUGAGUGCAAAGAUGUGGGUGAAUUAAAAAAGCAAAUUGCGGAAAUGAAGAAAGAGAUAAAUAAACUUAAAAAAGCUUCUUCUGAACAGAAUAUUGAUGAAAAUGAUUUAUAUAAUUUAGAAGAUGAAUACCGAACAAAUGAAAAUGCUGGUAAUUUUACUACUCCAUUACAAUUUACUCCACAAGUAAUGCCUCCAUUCAAUCAGCGUCUAGUGCCUCCUUUCCCUGCACCACCUAAUCCCUAUCAAUUGUACGGUCAGAACUUAUACAAUCUUUACAGUCAGUAUUCUCAAUUUGGUCAAGCAUCUCAAGUACCAGGGGCACCUCAAAUUUUUGACCCUACUAGGCAAAUGAAUUAUCCUGGUGUCUAUCCUACCCCUGAUCCAAUGUUUUUGGAUGUUGCGCAACUUGUAGCUCAAACAGCGUCUACAGUUUCUGGCGUCGUUACAGCACCUACAGUUCCUACGUUGCCAUCAGUUUCAUCUAUUCCGACUGUUCCAACAGUAACUGUGCCAUCUUCUGCCACGGCAGUAAGUGCUACCAAAUCUGUUCCUAAUGUUUCAAAGGAUUCUAAAGAAAUCCCUCGAUCUUUACCGGUUAACGUUGUCAUAACUUCUUCUGACCCCCUGCCAACAUGCACAACGACCCCUGCACCAAUUCUGAGUGUAACUAUUCCAUCUAAACAUAUUAAAGGCACGACGCCACAUAAUUAUCAAAUACCGAUGCCAACUACAAGUCACAACAAAGUUGUGUCCCCGCCAGUAUUCAGUUUCCCAUCUUCAGGCAACAAACUCAAUGUUAAUACAAGUAGCAGCCCGUUGACCAACUGGAAUCAAUCAACCGUAUUUAAGACUGCUUCGUCAACUGGUGUAAUAUCUACACCAACUGCUGCUAAUGACUCGUAUUCGAGCUUUGGAGACACAUUGGAUAAUUCUAGAAGUGUUGUUGAUGGAGUUGGUCCAUCACCGAAUACAAGUCUCAAUAAAUCUAGAACUCUCUCAGAAAGAAGCAACACUUCUGUGGAAAAUUAUGAUCCAUGUCCCGAUUUUAAACCAAUUAUACCUUUACCAGCUGAAGUGAAAGUCACUACCGGCGAAGAAGAUGAAAAUGUGAUAUUUAGUGCACGCGCUAAAUUAUUCCGGUUUGUUGAUAAACAAUGGAAAGAAAGAGGAAUUGGUGAAAUGAAACUUCUGAAACACCGUGUUACUGGAAAGGUUCGAGUAUUAAUGAGGCGAGAACAAAUACAUAAAAUAUGUGCCAAUCAUAUUAUUACCCCUGAAAUGGAAAUCAAACCAAUGAAAAAUGAAAGCAAAGCUUACUUUUGGGUUGCAAAUGACUUUGCUGAUGAGGCCGUAAUUUUGGAGAAAUUCUGCAUACGCUUUAAAACAGCAGAUAUUGCUUUGCAAUUUUAUAACAAGUUUGAAGAAGCGCGCAAUGAGUCAAGCACCAGCACCGUAAACACUCCCAAAGAUAUGACUGCUCCACGAGAAACAGUUGUCAAGACGCCAAAUGUGUCGAUCACACCAGUCAAAAGUGAAGCCCUUAGCACUCCUCAGACAACUAAAUCUGGGUUCGCAGUCGGAGGCUUUACGUUUAGUAGUACACCCACCUUCAAGCCAGUACAGGAUGAUACAAUAACUGAAAGUAAAAUAGAGGCUCCUACCACUAAGGCUAAUAUAUUUAGUGGAUUGACUUUUAAAACUAAUACAAGCAGUCCAUUUAGCAACCUUUUCAGCUCCCAGCUAUUGACUAACCCAUCAUCUAAUACCAGUAGUACACCUCAGGAAAAAGUGGAAUCAAAUAAUAAACUGAACAAUUCAGACACAGUUGAAGAAUUCGAACCCAAUGUUGAAUUCAAACCUGUAGUACCACUACCAGCUUUGGUAGAACAAAAAACUGGUGAAGAAGAUGAAAAUAUUCUGUUUGAACAUCGUGCUAAGUUAUUAAGAUUUGAUGCUGCUUCGAAAGAAUGGAAAGAACGAGGUCUUGGCAACAUUAAACUGUUAGUACAUAAAGAUAACAACCAAAAAGUGCGACUUCUCAUGAGACGAGAACAAAUCAUGAAAGUGUGCUGUAAUCACGCUGUGACAAAAGAAAUGACUUUCAAAAAGAUGAACAAUAUCGAUAAAGCGGUCACGUGGUGUGCAAAAGAUUUUUCAGAGGGAGAGUUAGUAGCAGAAACAUUUUGCUUACGUUUUAAAACUGUACAAACUUGUGACGAUUUCAUCGAAGCAGUAAAGUCUGCUCAAUCUAAAAUGAAUGAAAACACUAAAGCAGCGAAAGAAGAGCAAAAUGCUGCAAAACAAAACACUCAAGGUGGGUUUGGUGAUAAGUUUAAACCAAAGCCUGGGUCUUGGCAUUGUGAAACAUGCUACACUAAUAAUUUAGAAGAUUUUACUAAAUGCGCUUGUUGCGAACAGCCUAAGCCUCAAAGUUCAGCAAAUGAUUCAAAGACUGUUAAUACAAAGCCAGUAUUAAGCACUCCAACAGCAGUUAUUACAGUUUCGCCAGCCGGUUGGGGUGAUGCCUUUAAACCAAAACCUGGAUCUUGGGAAUGCCAGAAUUGUUUGGUUCGUAAUGAAGCAGCUGUUGAAAUUUGUACAGCAUGCAACAACCCAAAAGACCCUUCAGCUACUAAACCAGGAUUGAAACUAACAACAGAUAGUACUAUGAAAUUUAGAUUUGGCAUUCCGCCGGCUAGCGUGCCACCAAAAACUGAUUCAGUAGUUACAACAACUGUAACUGGUUGGGGUGACAAAUUCAAACCCAAAGAGGGUACUUGGGAAUGCAAACAAUGCUUAGUCAGGAAUGAAGAAAGUUUCGAAAGUUGCAGUGCUUGCAACAGUCCCAAAGAUCCGAAUGCGGUGCCCAAAGAGUCAAAAUCAAUAUUUAGUUCGAUCAGUUCAGGACCCAAAUUUAAUUUUGGCAUACCAGCCGCAACUCCAGGAACUGAGCAAAAGCCUGCCGUAGCAGUAUCUUCCAUUUUUGAUGGGACUGGUGCACAUAAAUUCAAAUUUGGUGUUCCAUCAGCUCAGGAUACCACUCCGAGUGUCCUAACUUUUGGCGAACAAAAAGCUACAACAAAUGUAUUUGAACCACUGAAAUUAUCCACUGGGGCAGAAGGACCACUCAAUUUUAGCAUAAAGAAGACUGAAGAAACUGAGAAACCUGCACCUAAACCAGCUCUGUUGCCAACCCCGCAAAAUGCAUUCACUAAUAGUCCAUUUGGAUCUAAGGAGAGUAGUACUUUUGAUUUCGUUUUUAAACCCAAAACACCACCUAAGGGCAAGAGUCCCAUCAAGUCGCCAAAGGGGCAACAGGGUGACGACAGUGAUGAUAAUGAGUACGCUUCUGAAGAUGAAGGUCACCACAUUCAUUUCAGCCCUGUGAUUCCUAUGCCAGAUAAGGUGGAAGUUAUCACAGGAGAAGAAAAUGAAGAUGAAUUAUAUGGGCAUAGAGCAAAAUUGUUCAUUUUCACUUCUGGCGAAUGGAAAGAACGCGGACUUGGCGUAGUGAAAAUUUUGAAACAUAAAGAAACUGGAAAAUUAAGGGUGGUAAUGCGUCGGGAGCAAGUCCACAAAAUAUGUCUCAAUCAUGCUUUAACAGCUGAAAUUAUUUAUAAACCAAAAGAUGAGAAGACAUGGCUGUUUACUGCAAAUGAUUUCAGCGAAGGAGAGCUAAAACUGCAAAACUUCUGCCUCAGGUUCAAAAACAAUGACGUUGCAACGCAAUUCAAAGACGCUGCAGAUAAGGCUAGAGGCGGCAGUUCUGAAUGCGCCACUAAAGCCGAUACAGAAAAAAGUAAGAGUGCUGGCGAAAGUGAUGACGUAGUCUUCGUUAGUGAAACACAAGCUACGACAGAAGAGAAACAAAAGGCCAAGGAAUUAAUGCUACCCGAGAAUUUCUUCACAUACAAAGUUAAAGAACCUUGCCAAGGCUGCCGCGGCUGUGAAGCAGACGACGAAGAAUCUAAAUCUAAAAGUGCUGCGCCUAAAAGUUUACCAGCUAUAACGACAGCAACUUCAACUCCUGUUAAAUUUACAACACCGACCUUCCAUAGUCCUGCAACUUCGCUAUAUGGUACUCCUGCCAACUUUGAUAAAACUGCUGACGUAUCUGUAUUCCGGACUCCUUUAGGCGCGAUCGGCUCCAACACUAAAUCAAUCACGCCGACCUCAGCUGACACUACAAUUACCAAUGACACCGACAAAGAAAACAGCUUUAUUCAGAAACCAAGCCUCUUUGGUGGUCUAGGAGAACAAAAAACUUUAUUUGGAACACCAAUCAGUAAAAACUCAUCUAUAUUCAGCGGCAGCGAGACACAGACGCCGACAAGUGCCAAGACUUCCAUCAUAGCUCCACCAAAAUUAAAUACUUUAAAUAUAUCUGCAGAAGAAAAGCAAAAUACUGAUGCUAAAUCUAUAUUUGGGGCUGCACAAAAAAAUCCUCUAUUCGGCCAGGCGAAUCCUGUCUUUGGUGGUUUGAAUUCUGGAACAUCUAUGAACAAAUCAAUAUUUAGUUUUUCUUCAAGUGAUAAAAAGGAUGAUUCCGAAAAAUCUGAAGUAAAAUCAUUGUUUGGCAGCGAUGACCAAAAACCUGUUAAUUUAUUUAGUGGUGCUAACCAAGGCAGUUUGUUCGGCCCGGCGUCAUUGAAAGACAACCAGUCGAAAACUCCGGGAUCAAUCUUCGGAACCAGUGGCAUUACAUCAUUUGGGUCUAAUGUGUCUGUUCCACAACCCCAAGUUUUUGGAAACGGUACAUCUAUUUUUGGCACUAAACAACCCUGGACAGCGGGUGCAGCAAUGGAACCGGCUAAGCAAGGCGUGACAGUGCCCCCGAAACCUGAUACAAAAACGGACGGGUCCAAACCAGACAGUGAUGAAAAGAAAGAUACGCCAUUCAUGGUCGACAACACUUUGACGUUCGCUGCAUUGUCAACUAGCGGUCCUGGCUUCAAUGCUCAAAAAAAUACCGAUUUCAAAUGGGAAGGUGCUGGCCAGCAGCUCUUCACUUCGGCUUCAAAAUCAUCAGAUGCAGCCAAUAAGUCUAAGAAUGAGAGUGGAGCGGGCGACGAGGGCGGCGGGGGUGCCGACGAGGAAUACGACCCUCAUUACGAACCCAUAGUACCUCUGCCAGACAAAAUUGUUGUUACCACUGGCGAAGAAGACGAGGAAAAGAUAUUCGGCGAGCGCGGCAAGUUGUACCGGUAUGAUGACAAAUCCCGGGAGUGGAAAGAACGUGGCGUUGGCGAAAUGAAAAUUCUGUAUCACCCCGGGAAGAAAACUUACAGAAUGUUGCUUCGUAGGGAACAGGUACACAAAGCCGUGUUAAACAUGUUACUAUUCAUGGACCUAGACCUCCUUCCGAUGAAAAACUCCGACCGUGCGUGGACGUGGGGCGGCAUCAACUACGCGGAGACGGCGGCCGGCGAGCAGGAGACGCUCGCGGUCCGGUUCAAGAACCUCGACAUGGCCACCAGCUUCCGAGAUAAGGUCAUGGAGUGUGUAAGGAAGUUGCAAGCUCUGGCCGCCCAAGCCAUCAGAGAGGCUAAAGAGGGUAAAACAUUCUCGGGAGUGGCGCCUCUGAGGCUACCCAAGCAUUUGGCGGACAGCGCCCGCGCCGACCCCGCUGUCUCAGCCGUUGCGGUGACGUCACAAGACGACUCGAAGGCUGAUAGUAAGGCCAACGGGCAAGCGAGCAAGCCGUCUGAGUCGGAGCCGCUGAGGCAAGUCCACUUCCAAGAGCCGGCCGAAGAGGAAACAGAGGAACACGAUGACGAAGACUACGAGCACGAUUAUGAAAAUCAAGAUGACUACGAUGGAUAUUACAAUGAGGAGGACGACGAUACGGGCGUGCACUUCGCGUGCUCGGGCGCGGCGCGCGUGCAGCAGGGCUCGGCCAGCACCAGCUGCGACAACGCGCACAUCCAGGUGCUGUACGACCAGGACGUCUACUCGCCCAAGAUCCAGGUCACCGACGCCGACACCGGCGAGAUACUCGCCGACAUGCUCAUACACACCGACACUGAUUUCAAGAUGACGGGCAACUCGUGCUCGUGGUAUGGUAUAGACUACACCAGCAACCUGCCUGUGGACAAAACCGUCACCAUCAACUUCCACGAUGGGGAGACCGCUAUGCAGUUCUACGAUAGUUGUGAGACCAGCAAAGCUGCUACCUAUUCGUCAACGGAUCCAGAAUCCUAGAAGUCGGAUUGUGUAACAAAUCUCGCGUAGUGAUUCGGAUGUAGAGUUUUAGAAUUGGUUUAAUAAGUUAUAAGUGUAUAAUGUUUUUUCUUUUCUUAGUCUGUAUUUAUGUUCGCAAAGUCUAGGUGACGAAAGGGUUUUUGUUAGAAUCAUUGUUUUUUUUUUGUUAAUACUUAAUUGUUUUUUUAAAUAAUGUAAACAUAGAUCUCACAAGCAGAUAUAUUCAUGGAUUUAAUGAUUGUAAUCAUCUUAAAAAUUAAGUGUAUUAUUUGACCUCGUAUUUUCAAUCAUGUGUAGACUUAAAUGAUAAAAUCGGGAAUCACUUGACUCUUACAGUUGUUUACGUGUUAUUAUGAUAAAUAGAAGCUUCAAUUGUAGUAAAGCUUGGCGUUAUCGUUAGUCAUACAAGUAAUGUUUGGGAUUUGAUACACAGUAGUAUCAAAUAAAAAAGUUUCUUAAAACUGGUUGUGACUUGCGAGUUUGACUUGUUUUAAUUGUUUACCAAAGUGAUAAAAGUAACGAAGCAUAGAUGAACCCUGCUUGUUUGAUACUAUUAUGAUAAUGCUUUGUUGCAUGCAAUAAAAUUGUGAACAAACGUUUGAUAUUAGAUAAGAUUUUCCGCCGUAUAUUUGCGUAUUAAGUAAAAUAGGAUGUAAUGUUUAGGUUUACUAAUCUCAAAAAAGAUCUAACGAACCAUGUAAAUUGUUUAUUGUGAUAGGACAUACAUAAUUUGUCCGACAAUGAUGAAUGUUAAUUUUAAAAAGUAUUUGACUGUUGUUGAGUUGGUUAGGUCUUUUUGCAUGCAUAAGUGUGGCAUUCUUAUAUAAAGUAAUUGCUCACGUAGUUUCCCAUUAUAAUCUGGCGUAAGUGGCCAAUUUUAGAUAGAUUUAUUCAGUCAAUUUCUUGUAGAUGAAUGACAUUAAUAAGUUUUCAAUUUAAUAUGAUAGUUAUUAAUCCAUAUAAAUGUAAAAUUGAAAUGAGAAAGGGAGUGGUUGCCUUUCGUUAAGAAUUUAAUUGUUUUUGAAGAAUUUAAUUUAUUUAAAAUAGAUUCAUGCUUAUAAAAGUUAAAAGAAAUAGUGUUCCUUUUCUCGUUUGAAUCGUGAUAUUGUAAAGCUAGUUUAAUCUAAAGCCAGACAGUGGAAUAAACGCAAGAAUGAUAA